CAACGUAUCUGUCGCGCGCUCUCGCUUGCUUAGCUCGCUGGGCCGGCAACACAUGCUGCACCAGCGCGGCUUGUACAAAUUUUUACAAGAAGUACAUGUACAUGCAGGCCUAACGGCUAGCGUGCGUAAGUCAUGAGGACAGUGGAAUUAGAAAAUCGUCCUUUGUUCGAAUGAAUAACAGGGCAUCAAUUGUUCCACAAUGCAGUGUCCAGAGGUCAGGGAGGAAAACAGGGGAACGGUUUAUCAAAGCUCAGGCGAGAGCUCGACGUGCCAAGCGGCAGACGACACGGUCGAAUUUCUCACGGGUAGCGGUGGCAGCAUCAUGGCAUUGGAGGGCUGGGCAGUUGCGCUGAUUGUAAUCGGCUCCAUCUUGACUAUUGUUGCCUUGAUGAGUUUCGUGUAUUACUGGUGUGUUCUCCGGUAUCGGGUUGCUGACACCAGUGUGUCAAUGGCAGGCAAGACGAUUGUUAUUACAGGAGCCUCGUCUGGUAUCGGGAAAGCCACUGCUUUGGCCCUUGCUAGGCGUGGGGCGCGGCUCAUCCUGGCCUGCCGGAAUGAGCAGAAGACAGCCCAGGUCAUAAGCGAGAUCAAGCAGGCGGUGCCGGACGGAGCGGAGAUCUUGUACCGUCACCUAGACCUCGUCAGCUUGAAGUCUGUCCGGAGUUUUGCCGAGCGAAUCAUCCGAGAGGAGUCGAAACUCGAUAUUUUGAUCAACAAUGCAGGUAUAGGGCAAAAAGGAAGAACAGAGGAUGGUUUUGACCUCAUGUUUGGGGUCAACCACUUCGGCCCGUUUCUCCUCACCAACCUCCUGCUCGAUCUGCUCCGCAAGUCGGCGCCGAGUCGCGUCGUCAACUUGUCCUCCCUUGCACACCGCUUCUCCCCGGCGUUCGACUUCACCGAAUUUGACAAGGACGACGACAGCAGUGCUGGUGGCGCUGUCCGCUACCUGCGACUGGCCAGCUACCCUAUCAGUAAGAUGGCGGUCAAUCUGUUCACCCGCGAGCUCGGCCGGCGGCUGGCGGACGACAGCCAGGUGACGGUGUGCUCCGUUCACCCGGGCAUCGUCUACACGGGUGCCAUAGACGGAGCGUUGCGCAGGGGAAGCUGCAGGAAGUUGCUCAUUCCACUCUUCAGGUUUCUCAUGCGAACUCCUGAAGCCGGGGCCCAGUGUGUCAUCCACUGCGCGAUCGACGAGUCCGUCCGCCAACAUUCGGGGGACUACUUUGUCGACUGUCGGCCUGGCAAUGAGGGCGCCAUGGCAAGCGAUGAGGCACUCGCCAAACAGCUGUGGGAAGUCAGUUGCCAAGCAACAGGGCUUUAGAAGCCACUAACACAGCCAAACCAGAAUACACCUUUUAAUUCUGGACUGUAUCAAAUAACGAAACGCUGCUCACAAAAAUUUAAACAAUUUUCAAACUUUUGUAUUCAGCCCUUGCAUUUUAAGCAGCAUUUGGGAACAUUUUUCUGCAAUGUAUCCCUAUGUAUUUUAAUGUAAACGCAUUGAUUAAGUGAGCGGACUACCCACGGAGCUUUCCUUUCUUCACAGACUUUUGUGAAAAGAAUUUAGCCCUUCCCAGCCUCCUGUUUCGUGCAGGAGUUAGUGAUACAAUUUCAAUUUGGGCAAAACCACAAAAUGUGUUCAUAAGUGUAAUUCAGUACAUCAAUGUGAGCUCGUUUAAUCUGCACUUGAGUCAUAUUUCAGUGUUCCGAAUUUAUUUAUCGAACUUGAUUAAUUUUUAUUGAGUUGUUAAACCAUUCUCACUAAGUAUGCUAAGUCUAUCAAUGAGACUAUUAAACAUAUAGUUUAUCAAUAUUUGAAUCCAAGUUUCAGUGUGGAUUCCAACCACAGGAAACAUAUUCCACUUGACUGUCCGGUUUAAUUCUGUUCAAUAUUACAAAGUUAAGUGCAUAAACAAGUAUUGUAAGUAAUUGGAAACGAAAUUCUGGAUUAAUUAAUUAGGUGUGUGAUUGAAUUCUUCUGUAUAUAUCUGUAAAUACAAAGGAUCUGUUAAGUUUUUUUUUUCUUUCCCUGUAUUUUUUACCAGUAACUUAGGGUGCUUUCAAGCGAGCUACUCGUGUUAACACGACUAUACUCCUGAGCACCUGAACAGCUGGAGUACGACUCGGGUCAGCGAGAGUAUACUCGCCAUAGAGGGGAAGUAUACUCCUGUACCCCAGUGUAAUGAGCACGCAUCCUACUCGUGUUAACAGGAGUAACCGUGCCAAUAACCCUUAAGGUCCCUGAUGACUUUGCUUGAUCAAAUGCCGCAGCGAUCCCAAACGGGUGCACCGGCAAGUAUCUACCUUAUUCAAAGAACAUUUCUGGUUACAAAAUUAGCCGAAGUGAUUAAAAUAUACAUAUUAAAGUUACUCUGUCUCGAUUGUCUUAUAUAAUUGGCAAGAAUGUAUCAACAGCAAAGUUAAAAAUUCUGUAUAAUACUGUAGUACACAUCAAAUCAUAAGAUCUUUCUUAUGAUCUUUUAUAAAAAAAGUAGAAAACCGCUUCAUUUUACCGGUACAAAGCAGUAGCUGGUUCUACUUGCUCUAGAACAUACAUUUGUCCGUGUGAAUGUUCUAUUGCUUAAAUACAGGCAAGUCACAAAUGAUACAUCGCCAAAAGGUUGCCACUAAAAAAGCUGUUUUGCAAGUUUAUGGUCAAAGGAAAACAUGGCCAACUUGCCGCAAUUUGCAUCUGGGUGAAGGUCAAUAGGCAACUGGAGGAAAUAAUUUGACAAAAAAUACAUAUGUACAUAUGUAAAUCACUCUUUGGUACAUACGAAUCCAGUGAGGUUGUCAAUGGACAUUCCAGACGGCCGCUUUCAAUGCUGGAAAGUACUGUGUUGGUUCUUCUGUUUUUUUUUCAGAACGGCUGCCACAGUACAGUUGGCGCCGUAGCAAUGAAUGUUUAUGAGUGCAAUGGUAUUUAAUUUCAUCAGGUUACAGACAUGACAGAUUGAUUUCCUUUUACUCAUGAGGCAAAGCCGAGAAGAAUAGAACGUACAAUCUGUCACCCAAUGAGGUUAUUCUUUCCACUGUACGAAUGUGGAAUAUUCUCCAUUUGUUUUAUCAGCCCCUGGUUGGAGUGCACCCUCACUGGCUACGAAAAGACAAAGUGGUGGGACAUUUUCUAACUGGGCUCGUGAACAUGCCUGGUGCACGCGCCUGGUGUACACACAAGGACCAUACAUGCCAAAAGAAAUGGUCGUGUGAGCUCAUCGCAUCCUGCACCCAUACCUUCAGAAUAAAAAGGCUUUGUAUUCUUUGCAACUGCGCAGAGUCUAGACCUUUGUGUGAAGAACUGUGACUGUGCUUACCGUGCCUUCCUCCAGAUGGACAGUGUAUAUAGAGGGGUAUAAUCAACAGCUGACCGUUGCAUGCACCAGAUCAUGAUGUCGAUCGAUGAUCUGACAAUAUUGUAAAGAGAUUUAGUGGAUAUUGUGUAAUGCCUUUCACCAUUGGUGGGGGCCUUUAGGAAUGUCCAGUGAUCACGUAACCAUGGCUACUGGAUUCGUCUGUACAUGUAGAUGCACUCAAAUGAGUAAUUCAUUCAAAGCACCAAUAGAGGGUUUGCAUGGCCGCCAUCUUGCAGGCCAGUGCUUUGGUUCCACAGGAUAUGCACAAAGGAGGUUUCUGUGUGGAACAAAGGAACUGCCCUGCAAGAUGGCUACCAAGUGAAGCCUCUAUUGAUAAUAACACACUACAGUUGAUUACAAUAUUUGGACGGCUGUUAAGUUUUAAAUAUUGCAUACAUCUGGCAAGUGAAAAAAUUACCAUAAAUGGAAUGAUUGUUCUUUGCACUGAAGAACUUGGCAUUGGUUUAGGCAUUCAAUAUCUAAGGAAUGUUCAAAAUUGAAAGAAAAAAACUAUUGGCAGAACAGGCAAAACCUGUGUCAACUAAUUUACACCACCCUGACACAAAAUUCCCCCAAAAUUUGUUAGAUCUUGUGAAAGGUAUAAAAUAAAGAAUUUUAGAGUGGCAAGCAAAGGCAGGCAGUGUAUAAAAAUAAACCCAUUCUUCACCUGAUUCCGACAGGAUUAAAAAAAAAUACUUGGCAGAAGUGAUAAAACGUAUUCAAAACAUGAGCUUCAAUUGAAACUAUAAUGCACUGCAAGCCAGUUUGCAAGCCGCGUCCCCUGUUCAGGAAUGACUAUGUCAACUUUAUUUUCACCUUAGAAUAUUCACAUUUUUCAAAGAAUUCAUUUUACUACAGUAUCAAGGGUUGGAUCUGGAAGCCAACGGGGGGGCCUGACCCUCCCCCGUCCAAAAAAUUUUUUGGAAAAGUAACGAAACUUUGAAAAGAAGUAAUUGUUUUGGUCUAUUUCCUUUCCCUUCCUACGGGUACCAAAAGUGUGUAAAAAGUGCCAAAAUGAAGUCUUAACCCUCAGAAAGGUCUUAGAAGGUCACAGAAAACUUUUUGACCCUCCCAAAAUACAGUUGUUGGCUCCCCUCCCCCCCAAAAAAUUUGGUUUUGGUUCGGCCCGUGCGCAGUGUGCCCGGUAGCAAUAUAGAGUACUGAAGUGAAUACCACACACACCCAAGUGUGUAUGUGCCUGCAACUGGGGACCCCCUAUUGUUCCU